ACUCCUACCAAACAGUGUUUCUUAACUCAGAGCUGCGGCUAAUCCAACUUCAUAUAAAAAAGCGAUAUACCUGAACUAUUUGACAUAGAGCCAAGCACUGGGCCCGGACAGCACGUACAGGCCUCUUGCUUGUGUUCGAAGGGCUGUCGGCGGCGAAAUGCGGGUCAUGGCGGCUUUCAUUCCUUUAAUACUCCUGGCUUCAUCAUGGCUAGGAGUCGCCCUAUCAUACGAUGUUACAGGUUUCAACUGUUACACGAACACUCAUACUACCAACGUACCCGGGCGGACCAUCAACAGGACCGCCGGAGAAGACGACUCCACCUAUAUCAACCGGCUGGCUAAUGAGUGCCUAAGUGGAGCUGUCGUUUGUAUCGCCUUCGACAUCUCCGGAAAUUUUUACUUUGACGGCACGAUGUUCACGAGCUGGGCGUCGUAUUGUGGCUCUAACAGCGCAACUGAAGUAAUCUACGUCAAAAGUGGAGGAGGAACUGGCAGCUGCACUGAUCCACACAGGGCUAGCUGCGCACCGCCUCCAUCUCCACCACUACCUCCUCAGCCACCCUCACCACCACCUUCCCCGCCACCCUCACCACCACCCUCCCCGCCACCCUCACCACCACCUUCCCCGCCACCCUCGCCACCACCUUCCCCGCCACCCUCGCCUCCCCCGUCACCACCACCUCCUUCUCCUAGCCCACCGCCCCCGCCACCUCCACCCCGUGUUCGCAGUCCUCCUCCUCAGCCAAGCCCUUCACCCCCUAGGCAGCCGCAACCCUCCACCCCCAGCCCCCCUCCUCCAUCCCUUCCUUCGCAACCAAUCCCAUGCAGCCCGCUGUCCCCCAGCAACCCGCGUUCACCCAAGCCUCCAAGUCCCCCUUUAACUCCCUCCCCAAAACACAGCCCACCGCCAGCCCCAACACCUAACGCACCCGCCUCACCUCCGCCCCCAUCACCACUGCCUCCCUCACCGCCACCACCUUCACCUCGACCCCCGUCACCACCGCCUCCUUCACCACCACCACCGUCACCUCGGCCCUCCGUGCCCCCACACCCAGCACCGCCACCGCCUCCCCCGGUUGUGAACUGGGCUACAUCCGCAUCCGGCCCCAAUUCCCUGCUCAAAGAAAGUAACUCUGUGGACCUGAUUGUCGGGGCUCCGGAGCUCAAGUUUCGGACCCCGCCCAAGGCCUGCAAACCCGCAGCUGAUGUCAGCUGGGUGCCAACAAAAGCGGCUCCUCGCUACGUAGUGGCCUACUUCAACCAGACGCCCGCUGCUCGGGGCGGCCAGGUGGCGGCUGUCACGCUGUACGUCACGAACCGCGGCGCCCUGGACCCCGCCAUUGCCUCCAUCGACCUGCUGCUCAGGAAGCAGGGGAAUGUGAUGACCGGCGGGGGCGCCAGCAGCAGCAGCACCUAUGAGCAGUGGAUAACCCUGUACCGAGGCAGUUCGGGCCAGCAGCUGACGUGUCCAGGACUCAACUUCUUCACCGUGUCAGCUGCAACGGCCGCCUCUGUCCUGCAACCGUCGGAUGCUGCCGCCGCAAUGACGUCAGCUGAUGCGUUCAACACGGCGGUGGUGGUUGCCGCACGAAUCAACGUCAACAACAUGACCGUUCAGGCGAAGUCACUCCUGCCGCACCUGGCAGCAGUUGGGCUGCAACUGUUUUGAAAUGGAUGGAUAAGGCAGACACGAGUGUGGUAAAAGUUACGCGCGCGUGGUACUGAUGAACGUUUGUACGUGUUUGAGCUGUGACAUCAGUAAUGGCACUUCAAACAACGGCGAGGACUUGGCCUCCUGAACUGAAGGUGUGCAGCUUGCCUCGGUGAUCUAACAAUGCGCUGUCACUCAAUAAUGCAUUAUUGAGAGCAAUCUCACCAUUCUGGACUCCAAGGCAACUUGAUUAACCAGAUAGACCUGGCUCUCGUGAUGAAUUGGGUCGUUCUUUGGUAGUUUGCCUUCGCUUCUAAUUAUUUGUCAUACAUCGACUGCCGUACGUCAUCAUUCUCUGUUUUGUGCUAAGAAAAGUGAGCCGCAGAACCAUCUGACCCGACCAAGGAGAUAGAGAUGCACUGCAGGGCCUAAUGGCUGUUGCUAUUUUGGCGCACGACUGGUGUGUGUGGAGGAAGAAAACGUUGCGCCUGUGUUUGCUGAUCAGGCUAGCUGCAUGCCUUGUCUGCAUGUUGCAUUGUAUUGGUUUAUUUGGUCCGGCGGAUUGGUUAGUUUGUUCCCCGUUGGGAGCGGCGGACGGGGGUUGGCCCUUUGAAAUUUGCAUGUUGUUGACGAAUGGAAGAAUUUGUGUGAUAGAUUAAUUGUUCUUUUGGGCCCCGCCGCCGGUUUGCUUCUCUUGAUGUCGGAGAGGCAACCGCCGGGUGUCCUGGGCACCUCCGUCGUUAAUCGUAUUUCCGUCAUCUCUGAUUGAGUCCCUGUGUUGGGCCGUGCUAGUGUGUUUCCUUUAGUGUGCGGGGGCUGCUGCUGGUUGUUUGCAGAAGCAGGUUUUGGUUGGGUUGUUACGUUGGCGGCCUUUAUCUGCUUGCGUUGCUUGUGUUGAGUUUAAUAAUAAGGAGGGAUAGUCGUUUCUGUCUCUCUCCUGCCUUUUCGUGGUUCCUUUUGGGCUUUGGUGCCUACCAGCGAUUUUUUUCGUUUUCGAGGGGGUAUUUUUUAUCGCUGCUAGAGCGAUAGAAAUCGAGCCUGGACAAUCGCUUAUCGCUUUCCCAACCAGCCAAGCCGAGGGGUUUCGGGGCUUAUCGCUAUCCUAAGGCGGCCUCCUGGGGUCACACGUGCCCGUAGCCCCCUAUACCCCAAUGCGGAGGCGCUUCUCACUGGUCCCAGUGCCCUCCUGGACCCAAAUCCCUAGCAUGUAGAGGAUCUGGCACGAGGGGUGUGAGCGAUGAGAUAUCCUGGGCACAGACACCUUAUCGCUUUCUCACGGCCCUAGGACCAAUUAUUUAUCGCUCAAAAAGCGAUAUAUCGCUCAAAAAGCGAUAUAUCGCUCAAAAACAAACACUGCUGCCUACACUACUGUGCCUUUCCUAAGUUUCGUUGGUCCUUGCUUGAUAAUAUUAUCGCUUACUGUAUGCUCCAAGCGUCCAGGAGCAAAGGCAAGCGUCUGCAAUAUAACUUAAUUUGCGACCCGUGCGUGGGGCAGUUGGGUCUUUUGGUUUGGUUUGGUUUUAUUUCCGGUCUUAGUUUGUCGAUUGCUUGUACGGGGAUGACGUACAUAGAUGCCCAAAACUUACAAGGCUUGUAAUAACGCGUGCGU